AUGAUCACUUUUGCUCACAAGGGCAAGAGCAAGCGCCCCAAGUUUUUGUUCCAACUCAAGAUCACAGAGCUCAGCAACAUCCCGCAAAGCUCGGGCUACUGUUUUGUUAAAUGGCAUCUCAAGGACGGCACGGGCACCACAAGUCACUCCAUUGUGCCCUCGUCUUCGGACAGCGCUGACAGCGGCUCGGGCGCCGCCGCGGUGCGGUCCAGCUCCCAGAGUCGCGGUGCCACGCCUCGCGUUCUUGUCAAGCAUCAUCGCGCCCAUUGGAACUACACAUUGCCCAAACCGGUGCUCGUGAAACUCACCACUGAUAAAUCCCGUGUUUUGCAGCGCAAAGAGCUUGUAUUGGAGGUAUUUUUCGAGUUUCUGGAACGGCUAGGCCCGGGUGCUGGCGAUCGUAAAGGCUCUCAGCAGUCGGACGCAUCGCCAUCGUCGGGCUCUGGUUCCAGUAACAGCGUUUAUACCCAAAGGGUCUCCCGUAAAGUACUGCUGGGCGUGGUCGAGGUCAAUUUGGCCGAGUAUAUCAAUCGUGAGCAACGUCAGAUUCCCAGCCGAUUUUUGUUGCAAAAGUCUAAGGUCAAUUCGAUUCUGAGCCUCGCUAUACAGAUGGAGCUUGCCCGCGGCAGUUACGAAGAUUUUGAGUCGUCGCAGUAUUCCAAUUCAGGCCAAUUGCCCAAUACUCUCCGCAACGGUAUCUCAGAGGUGUUUGAUGCAUCCUCCGACGCCAGCUCGCCCACGUCCUCCACAUUCACGCCCAACACAGCCAGCAACAAUAGUGCAGCGAAGAAAACCGACGUCCAAGGUACGUUCUCCAUCACGAUCAACAACCCUUUCGUUGAUAAACUUUAUCAAAAAACAUUCCAAGUACCGUGGGAUCCGCGCCCGGGCGAGUUCAAUCCCAAGGAGUGUGUCGAGGACAUUCUUGACGGCGGUGAUGGCUGGGCCAAGAACGAAAAAGGCAUAAAUCUCAUAGACAUCGACGCGUUGCAUCUGUCUGAACUGGAAAAAACCUACGAAGACCGUCACCGACAAAUACCGAUGGAAAUGAAUCACGGCGAGUUCGACAGGCGCGCAUUCGUCGAGAGACGGGUGGGUACUGAAAGCCGCAGCAACACUCUGAAGAGAGGGGUCGGCGAUCGCAAGAACCUAAGUCGGGGAAACACCCCGACGGCAGAAGAUCCUUCGGAUAAUCACGAGGCUUCUUAUUUCAAAAGCUGGACCAUCAGCAAGAUUCUGCCUUAG